AUGGGCAGCAGUGCAUCGGUCAGCGAAGGCUCCCGGCUGGAGGCCGAGCCUGAACCAGAGCCUGAACCCCCCCGACCCCUGUCACCUGCGGGGCGGAGCGACGACACCCUGCAGGAGACGGUGGCAGAAGGUGAAGAAGUGUCUCUGGACUUUGAGAGUUUCCUCCAUAGCGACGGGACGCUCUACAGCUGCUUCAACCACCACGGAGACAGAGUUUAUGUGGACGAGUCUCAGAACCUGGUUCCGUUUCCAAAGGAGUGGUACGAUCAGGGACGCUUCCUCUCCGCCAACUAUGAGGGCUCCGGUCCUCCUCAGGGCUCCGGUCCUCCUCAGGCCAGCAGCGAGCUCCGGGAGGACGACCGCAGCGCCAGCAUCUACAUCCAGGGCAAAGGAACUGUCCUGACCUACAUGUUUGAGGAGCGUCUGAACGUCUGCAGGUUCUGGGAUCCUCGGUCGGGCGUCUGGCUGCUGCUGCCGCUGCAGUGGGAGGUGGACGUGGACUUUGUCAAAGCUCGGGUCCAGCAGGUCACGUCCGUGCUGCCGGGCCUGGUGGAUCAGAAGGAGAUCACUGCUGCGCUGCGACAGUGUAACUACGACCCUGAGGAGGUCAUCUCCUUCUACCUCACCAUGUUCGGAGAAGUCCUCCUGCAGGCGCCUCCCAGCGGAGACCACGACCACACCGACCUCAACUCCUUCAGGGCGCUGCUGGAGCGGGACCGGCUCAUCGAGGGUCUGAAGCUGCAGCUCCAGACCAAAGAGAAGGAAGUGGACCAUCUCUUCCAGAGGAACAGCUUCCUGGCCAGAGAAGUCCACUACCUGAGCGACGUGGUCCAGCAACUGAACCAGAAGCUGGCUGAGCAGGAGGCCGACCGGCAGGAGGCCCAAGAGAGGAUCAGAUCUCUCCUGAACCCUCACGCUCCUGCUGUCCCCCCCACCAGACCAGUCACCAAACCUGCUGUGGACCCGGACCAACUCCGCCGGCUGAGCCGCGUGACGCGUGAGCUCAACAUCUCCAACAAGCAGCUCGGCUCCACGGUUCAUCAGGCGAUGGACGACAUGAGGAACCGGCUGGAGCAGCUGAAGGGCGCCACGGGGAAGUUGGCCCAGGUGGAGCAGGAGUCGGCCGGGGAGGUGGAGGAGCUGCGGUCGCUCUACAGGAGGGAGGCGGUGGAGAGGAGGAGCCUUUACAACAAGCUGCUGGAGCUGCAGGGAAACAUCCGGGUGUUCUGUCGCUGCAGGAGAAGCUCCGCCUCCAGCUCCUGCGUGGAGAGAACGGACGAGCAGGAAGUGGUGGUCGUUCAGAAAGGAAGCAGGAAGAAGUUCCAGUUUGACAAAGUCUAUUCUCAGAGCAGCUCGCAGCAGGAGGUGUUUGCAGGAACUCUGCCGGUGAUCACGUCCUGCGUGGACGGAUAUAACGUCUGCAUUCUGGCCUACGGACAAACCGGAUCAGGGAAGACCUACACCAUGAUGGGGGGCAAGGAAAACCCUGGAGUCAACAUCAGGUCCAUACAAGAGCUGCUUCGCAUUUGUGCAGAAAAAGAAAAGGUCUCCUACAGUCUGAAGAUUUCCAUGCUGGAGAUUUACAACGACACUUUGAACGACCUUUUGACCAAAAGCGACGGCGCCACUCUUGACAUUCGAGUCCGAGGGAAGUCGGUGUCGGUCCCGGGACUCACUCAGAUCCAGGUCCGGACCGAGGCAGACAUCCUCAGCGUCAUGGAGACGGGCGAGAAGAACAGGAAGAUCGCCUCCACCAAGAUGAACACUCAGAGUUCUCGCUCUCACCUGGUGGUGGCGCUGGAGGUGGAGGGUUCAGACGAGGUCUCGGGUCUGACGUCUGGCGGCACGCUGACCCUGUGCGACCUCGCCGGUUCCGAGCGAAUCUCGAAGACUGAAGCUGAGGGUCAGAGGCUGGUGGAGGCCGCCGCCAUCAACAAGUCGCUGACGGCACUGGGACAGGUGUUCAGCGCUCUGAAGUGUAACGCCCUCCACGUCCCGUUCAGGAACUGUAAGCUCACCCACCUCCUGCAGCCCUGCCUCAGCGGGGACGCCAAGUGCUGCGUGUUCGUCAACGUCAGUCCCGACAUGAAGGACGCGGCGGAGACGCUCAGCACGCUGCAGUUCGGCUCCACCAUCCGACAGGUUGCGCUCGGUAAAGCGAAGCAGAACAUCGCACCAGCGAAGAACCAGUAG